AGAACAUUCAUACUGAGGCCAGAGUGCCAUCGAAGAUAAUUACAGAGACAGUAAAAUCCUUUUACGCUGGGAAAAAUAAAAUGUUAGGUGUCUCAUAAAAUUUCAGAACCUGAUUUCAAACGGAUCAUAACAAAGAGGAGAUCAAAUUUAGCAUGGUGGACUGCUCGACAGGAUAUAUUUGUCAAUGGAAUGUUUCCACAUAUUAUACCACCAACAUGAGAAAAAAAUGAUUAUUGUUUAUUUGAAGCUUGAUGAUAUUCUAAGGCUGCCUUUUCUCUUCUCAUUUUAGAGAAAAAUGAGCAGGCGCAAUUGUUGGAUUUGUAAGAUGUUCAGAGAUGAAUCUAAGAGGCCCCCUUCAAACCUUACUUUGGAGGAAGUGUUACAGUGGGCCCAGUCUUUUGAAAAUUUAAUGGCUACAAAAUAUGGUCCAGUAGUCUAUGCAGCAUAUUUAAAAAUGGAGCACAGUGACGAGAAUAUUCAAUUCUGGAUGGCCUGUGAAACCUAUAAGAAAAUUGCCUCACGGUGGAGCAGAAUUUCUAGGGCAAAGAAGCUUUAUAAGAUUUACAUCCAGCCACAGUCCCCUAGAGAGAUUAACAUUGACAAUUCGACAAGACAGACUAUCAUCAAGAACAUUCAGGAACCCACUGAAACAUGUUUUGAAGAAGCUCAGAAAAUAGUCUAUAUGCAUAUGGAAAGGGAUUCCUAUCCCAGAUUUCUAAAGUCAGAAAUGUACCAAAAACUUUUGAAAACUAUGCAGUCCAAUAACAGUUUCUGACUAUAAUUCAAACGUGUACAUAGAAAAUGGUAUAUUGAAAGUAGUGGGUUUGAUCUUUUUAUUUAGAAACCCACAAAAUCAGGAACACAGUAUAAAUAAAACAGAAAUCAAACUCUAAAUUGAUUUUUAGUUCCUAAAAAGAAACAUAUCUCAAAAGCAAUGGAAUCUAGAAUUCUUAUAACAUGAAUAACAACAUUUACAGCAUACCUAUGUAGUUCAACUAAUAUAUAAGGAAAAGGAAGGUUUUUCUUCAUGACACAAGUAUUAUAAAAUUUUUACUGUAGUAGUCAAUUAAUGGAUAUUUCCUUGUUAAUAAAAUUUGGUCUCAUAAUUUACAAAUUAGUUCUUUAAAAAUUGUUGUUCUAUGAAUUGUGUUUCUAGCACGAAUACGUUCUAUAGAGUACUCUAAAUAACUUGAAUUUAUAGAUGAAUGCUACUCACAGUACAAUCAAUUGUAUUAUACCACGAGAAAAUCAAAAAGAUGUUCUUCAGAGACAUUUUAUCUGUAAAAUUUUCCUACUAUUAUGUUCAUAAACAAACUUCUUUAUCACAUGAAUCUUCUACAUGUAAAAUAUUUCUGAUGAUUCUUAGCUGUUAAAAAAAUAUGAAUUUCUUAAUUUGCUCUUGCAUUUACAUUGCUAUAAGGAUAUAAAAUGUGGUUUCUAUAUUUUGAGAUGUUUUUCCUUACAAUGUGAACUCAUCGUAGUCUUGGAAAUCAAUAAAGCCAAAUGUCAACUAAAGACUUACAUUAUCUUUUUCAAAGACAAAAUAAAUAUAUUUUCCAGUACAAA